UCUUGAUUGGGGCUUGGGAGAGGGUUAGGAGAGGGUUUGAUUGGGUGAUGGGAUCCGAGUGGAUGAGGUGGUGACCGUUGUGGAGGAAGGAGAAGAGGUUGGAGAUGUUGAUGGCCGAGGCCGAUGCUAACCCUAGGGACGCUGCUAAGCAGAGCGCGCUGCUUGCCGAGCUCAAUAAGCACAGUCCGGAAUCUGUUAUUAGACGAUUUGAAGAAAGGAGUCAUGCAAUUGACAGUAAAGGAGUUGCAGAAUAUCUUCGAGCUCUAGUUGUCACUAAUGCAAUUGAAGAAUACCUUCCAGAUGAGCGUUUGGGCAAACCUUCGAGUCUUCCAACACUGCUGCAAGAGUUGGAGCAACGUGCAUCUGGAAAUGAUGAUGAGGCAUUCUUAAAUCCCGGAAUAUCCGAUAAGAAGCCAUUACAUGUGGUUAUGGUAGAUCCCAAAGCAUCAAAUAGAUCGACUCGUUUUGCUCAAGAACUCUUUUCAACCAUCUUAUUUACCGUUGUUGUGGGCCUAAUGUGGGUUAUGGGUGCAGCUGCACUCCAAAAGUAUGUUGGAAGCUUAGGUGGUAUAGGUACAUCUGGUGUUGGUUCAAGUGCUACAUAUGCUCCAAAAGAUCUCAACAAAGAAAUCAUGCCAGAGAAGAAUGUGAAAACCUUCAAAGAUGUUAAAGGCUGUGACGAUGCAAAGCAAGAACUUGAGGAAGUAGUUGAGUAUCUCAAAAAUCCAGGGAAAUUCACGCGUCUUGGUGGCAAGUUGCCAAAGGGGAUCCUCUUGACUGGUGCACCUGGGACUGGGAAGACAUUGCUUGCCAAGGCUAUUGCUGGUGAAGCUGGAGUUCCCUUUUUCUAUCGUGCAGGUUCUGAAUUUGAGGAAAUGUUUGUUGGAGUUGGUGCUCGGCGUGUCAGAUCCUUAUUUCAAGCUGCCAAGAAAAAGGCACCGUGCAUCAUUUUUAUUGAUGAAAUAGAUGCUGUGGGAUCCACAAGAAAACAAUGGGAAGGUCAUACUAAGAAAACAUUGCAUCAACUACUUGUUGAAAUGGAUGGUUUUGAGCAGAAUGAGGGCAUAAUACUGAUGGCUGCAACAAACUUGCCAGAUAUUCUUGACCCAGCAUUGACGAGACCUGGUAGAUUUGAUAGGCAUAUUGUUGUUCCUAGUCCUGAUGUGCGAGGACGGCAAGAGAUCUUGGAUCUCUAUUUGCAGGACAAACCACUGGGUGACGAUGUGGAUGUUAAAGCAAUUGCUCGUGGGACUCCUGGCUUUAAUGGUGCAGAUUUGGCAAACCUUGUUAAUAUUGCUGCCAUAAAGGCUGCAGUAGAAGGUGCUGACAAAUUAACUGCUGCCCAGUUGGAGUUUGCAAAGGACAGGAUAAUUAUGGGUACAGAGCGUAAAACUAUGUUCAUAACUGAAGACUCCAAGAAGCUCACGGCAUACCAUGAGAGUGGCCAUGCGAUUGUCGCAUUGAACACUGAUGGUGCUCACCCUAUUCAUAAAGCCACAAUAAUGCCUCGAGGAUCUGCUCUAGGAAUGGUUACACAGCUUCCUUCUCACGAUGAAACCUCAAUAAGCAAGAAACAGUUAUUAGCACGACUUGAUGUUUGUAUGGGAGGAAGAGUUGCAGAAGAACUUAUAUUUGGUGAAGACUCUAUUACAACUGGUGCAAGCAAUGAUAUCCACACAGCUACAGAGCUUGCCCAGUACAUGGUGUCAACUUGUGGCAUGAGUGAUGCAAUAGGUCCCAUUUAUGUCAAAGAACGACCAGGAUCAGAGAUGCAAUCACGAAUUGAUGCUGAAGUGGUGAAGCUCCUUAGAGAAGCGUAUGAACGAGUCAAACAAUUGCUGAAAAAGCAUGAAAGUGCGCUACAUACACUAGCAAAUGCUCUCCUGGAGUAUGAAACCCUUGGUGCAGAUGACAUUAAGCAAAUAUUAAAUCCUUAUGGAGGAGUCCAAUUAUCCGAACAACAACAAGAGGAGCUUGCGCUGACAUAGAAUUUGUGUCCUUCAUUGAUGAAGCCUUUACCAAUGUAAAGCAUUGUACAGUAUCACAAUUAAAGGUAUUUUAUUCUUCCCUUCAUCGGUCUCCUCUAAACAUGGUGGAGUCAUAUUCUUUAGCCCCAAGAUUUAUAAAAUUGAUAAUCAGAGGGAAAAUAAAUCCUCCCCGUAAACAAAAUGAAAUCUUCUUGGAGCUUGAGGCUGCAAUGUACUUGAGGAAGAAAUAACUUAUUGUAUUUAUAGAAACUUGUAGGAUUGCCGAUAACUUGUAUUGUACAUUCUAAAAUUUCCCUAUUAUAGCUGUAACAUUAACUUGGUUAACAGGUACCGCAAUUUUGUUGAACAUUAUCCUUUACUGUAGAAGAUUUUUUUUUUUUUUAAGUUUCUUAUCCUCGUUGUAUCAAUAUGUUUUAUAUAUUCCCUUUUAGUAUGGAAUUAAGUGCUUCUUUAUGCUUGACAUUUGUUGCAACUGUAUUUGAGGGAACCUGCUGAAGGGAUAGUAGAAGUAUGUACUUUUCA